UUUCGCGCCUGUCAGCCGUCCCAUCAUGCCUUCGUCGGUCUUUUUAAUCGGACCUGGUUUCAUCGGCGGGGAGAUUCUUCGUCAUCUCCUCGAAGAGAACUACAGCGUGACUGUUCUUGUCCGCCGACAAUCCAAUGUUGCAGAAUACGAAAGAUUGGGCAUCCGAACUAUCAUCGGUACACUCGAUGACCCCGACGUGAUAUCGAAGCAGGUCGCAGCCAGUGACAUUGUUUUCCACACCGCAACUGCAGACCACCUCCCCUCCGUGCGAGCAGUCAUUGACGGGCUGCGACAAAGAGAGAGACAAGGCUUGUUGACACUCUAUAUCCACACCAGUGGUACCAGUCUACUCUCAGAUGGUGCCGCGGGCGACUGGAAGAGCGAUACGGUGUUUGACGAUGAAAGCCCGGCUCAAAUUGACGCACUACCUGACUCUGCACCUCAUCGUCAGAUUGACUUGGCCAUUGUGAACGCCCGGAAGGAGCUGGCCAAUUUCACUAAGAUGGCGAUUAUGAUCCCGCCACUAAUCUACGGUGUGAGCAGUGCAAACCGCACAUCGAUCCAACUGCCCACCAUCACCCGCUAUUCGCUCAAACAUGGCUACGCCGGGCAGGUUGGGAAAGGUCUUUCUGUCUGGAGUCAGGUCCAUGUCAAGGAUCUAGCACGGGGCUAUAUGACAUUGCUGCAUUGGAUGGAAAAUGCACCCGUGGUGGAGCUUAUAGAAAACCCCUAUUUCUUCUGUGAAAACGGCCAUGAGCUGUCUUGGGGAGAAUGCUCUGCGGAGAUCGGUCGCAUCCUGCACAAGGCAGGCCGCAUCAAUGAAGCGAAGCCGAAAGCAAUUCCCCAGGAAAACUACGGCGAUAUCUUCGGCCAUUACACCGCGACUGUCGUCGGAUCAAAUUCAAGAAGCCGCGCCAUCCGACUUCGGAAACUGGGUUGGACCCCUACGGAGAAACAAACCUUGGCUUCGCUUGCAGAAGAUGAGAUUGGGCUUAUUAUGCAGGAAUCUGGAGAGUUCACUGGUUAUUCCAAGGCCGUUGCUUCUUAAGUCGCGGAGCCAUGCCGUCAUGCGGAGAGAAGCAGAGUGCUAUAAGGAUGUCAGGGGCUAGCGGUGCAAAAGCUCAGGUUUAGUAUAACAGGAUAUUGUGAUAUAGGUAUG